AUGACGCCAGAUAAUAAUCACGCUCACCCCAAGUCUAUUCACUUGCAAUCUAUCGAGCGCUCACGAACACGAAGUUGCUCGAGGUCCUCGACCAGACACAAUGGAGCCAGUACCGCUUUUGAGCCUGUAACGGUCGACGACAAUGAGACUAUCGCCAGGAACGUUUCUCAUAUGACUGAUGUCGAGAGCCAACUUACCGCCACCGGGCGUCGACAGCAUAGUCCCAUUGACAAUGAUCCGUAUGGCCUCUCUCGCGGCUACAAGACGGAGUCUGAUAUUGCCGACAUAAAAGCCAAUACGUCGCGGAAGCGGGAUAGCCUACCUGGGCGCAACUGUAUGCCCAGCAAGAUCGGCUCCAAGAUAAAAGCUCGUAAGCUACAGGGCUUUUACGAAAAUCAGAAUGCGGCAAUUGAUCGCAUGCUCAAGUCGGUUGAGGAGCAUCGUGACGAAGCUCGCGACCAGCAUGGCGAGGAUCAACUCAAGUUUCGCAUUGCUGUUUGGGGUUCUCUUGCAGCCAACGUUGCUCUGUCGGCCCUUCAGCUCUACGCUGCUAUCUCAUCGGGCUCGCUUUCGCUUUUCACUACUAUGGCCGACUCCAUCUUCGAUCCUCUGAGUAACCUGACACUCAUCCUAUCGGCUCGAGCCAUCCGCCAUGUUGAUUCUAGACGGUUCCCCGCUGGCAAGGCACGUCUCGAGACCGUAGGAAAUAUUGUCUUCUGCUUUCUCAUGAUUUCCGUCUCCCUCAUCAUCAUUGCCUUCGCAUGUCAAGAGUUGGCACAGUCGAAAUCUGAUAAGGGCUUUCAUCUUCCUGCUGUCAUCUCGGUCUGCUGCGCCUUCGCCACCAAAUUCGUCCUUUUCCUCUACUGCUGGGCUCUCAAAGACAAAUACAGCCAGGUAAAUAUUCUCUGGCAGGAUCAUCGGAAUGAUCUUCUUAUCAACGGCUUUGGUAUUCUUACAGCUACUGGCGGCGCAAAGCUGGUCUGGUGGAUUGAUCCCAUGGGUGCCAUCCUGCUGUCAGUCCUUAUCUCUUGUAUCUGGCUACAUACCGCUUUUGACGAGUUCCUGCUUGUUGUUGGUGUCACAGCUCCUGUCGAGACACAGCAGCUCAUCACAUAUGUGUGCGUCACGCACGACGAUGCAAUCGUUGGCAUUGACACCGUGCGUGUGUAUCACUCAGGUCCUCGUUUGAUCGCCGAGGUGGACAUUGUUAUGGAGCCAACACAGACUCUUCAAGAGAGUCACGACAUCGCAGAGGCGCUCCAGAUCAAGUUGGAGGAUCUUCCCGACAUCGAACGGGCAUACGUUCACAUCGACUACGAGACCACACACAAACCAGAACACGCAUUUAAGAAGGACAUGUAG